AUGGCUGUCCCAUGGAUGCUGUUGCUAGUGAGCCUGUCUACAUUUCACCUGGGCAUCUUCAUCUGGGCUGUCAUUCGGCACUUUCUCACUGUGAAAAUGCCCUCUGGAUUGCAGCAUCCCAUCAAGCUCAGAUUUCUGCAUUGUAUGGCACUGUACAUGUUUGCUCUGGGAAAUAUAUUAGAGAAACUGAGAAUUUGCUCCACGUUCAGGUUCAUCCAGUUUAUGCAUGAUGUAAUGGCCAUAAAGAAGAACCAUAACUUGGUGGUGACCAACAUGAAAUUUGGGACAAUCCCUGUGAGACUGUUCCAGCCCAAGGCAGUGUCCUCGAAACUCCGGAGAGGCAUUAUUUUCUACCACGGAGGGGGAACCAUAUGUGGUAGCCUAGACCUUUACCACAACCUGUGCAGCUUCCUGGCCCAGCAUACAGAUUCUGUGGUGCUGUCAGUGGGGUACCGCAAGCUGCCUGAUCACCAUCACCCAUGUCUUACUAAGGACUGCCUGAAUGCCUCCAUUCACUUCAUGAAGGGCCUAACAACCUAUGGAGUAGACCCCUCCCGAGUGGUAGUCUGUGGAGAAAGUGUUGGAGGUGGAGCUGUAGCCAUUGUCACCCAGGCCUUGCUCAGUUUCCCAAAUCUCCCCAAGAUCUGUGCUCAGGUGCUUAUUACUCCAGCUCUGCAGGUCAUCCAUUUCCGUUUGCCAUCACAUCAGCAAUACCAAAAUGUCCCAUUCCUCACCAAAGACAUACUCAUGAUGGGAGUGUGUAAAUACAUGGACAUUGACUCAUCCUGGGAAGAUGCAUUGAUGAAUGGUACUUGUAUGCCCCCAGACAUCUGGAAGAAGUACAGAAAAUGGCUCAGCUCUGAUAAUAUCCCCAGAAGGUUCAAGAGCAAAGGCCUCCUGCCUGAGUUUCCAGAACCUUUCAACGAGGCUGCCUAUCUAGAAACAAAAAGUAUUUUUGAUCCAGAAAUUUCACCUCUGCUAGUAGAUGACAAGAUCAUUGCUCAGCUUCCAAAGGCGUUCCUGGUGAGCUGUGAGUAUGACCCCCUCCGCGAUCAUGCCUUGCUCUACAAGAAGCGCUUGGAGGACCAGGGGGUCCCUGUGACCUGGUACCAUGUGGAAGAUGGCUUUCAUGGAUGCAUAGUGUUGUUUGAUAAGCACCCUUUCUCUUUUCCCUGCUCUAUAAAACUUGUAAAUGCCAUAGUUAGUUACAUAAAUGACAUAUGAUAGUCACCUUGUGCUUGAGUGUGGAGCAAUGUGAAAACUGUCUGUCCUGUGACAUUUUUUCUUGUUUGGUUUUAUUGGUUAAGGAGAUGCUGAAGGCAUGCCUGCUCCAAGAAGGAAAGGCUAGGUGGAAGCAAGAGUUGUUAAUCUUUCCAGAACCAACAGCAUCCAUUGUUGCAACUAGCAAUAUUCUUUUACAGUUUCAUUCACUUGACAUAGAUGUCAAAGUGGAAAAACAUGCCUUUCAAAUUAUUUGAAAGCCUUCAUCAAGAGGUUGUGCAGAAUAAAUGCCAUUAUCUAGUCAAACCAACUCUAAUAAAUUCACAUCCAUGAUGAUAUAGAGAAAGGUUCUUUCUUGUUAUUGUUUUUACUGAGACCUAAGUCACAUCGUCACUUGCACUCCAUUUGUGACAAUAGCCUCAAUCUGUCCUGAGCAAUGUUGUUUCAUAGACACCCUCCAAAUAUGAUGACUCUUGUGUUGAAUUAUGGGAUGGUGUCAGUGGG